AUGGCCAGCAACAACCCCGGAAACUUUGCCAACCGUCCCAAGGAGGAGGUGCGCGAGAUUGCUUCCAAGGGUGGCAAGGCUAGCCACGGCGGAGGCGGCACUCAAGCUGCCAACGACGACUCCUCCUCUGGCAACAGCGGUACGGGCAACCAGGGCUUUGCCAGCAUGGACCCCGAGAAGCAGCGUGAGAUCGCUUCCAAGGGUGGCAAAGCUUCCUCCGGUAGCUUUGAGCCCGGUAGCGAGCGUGCCCGCGAGGCUGGCAGGAAGGGAGGACUCGCCAGUCAUGGUGGCAACUCCGAGGAGUAG